AUGGAUAGAGAAACAAAUGACAAACCAGUAGAAUUUUCAGCGAGCAGUGAAGGGAGAAAAGGAACGCCUUAUCAGCGGAUUGUGAUUGCAUGUCCUGAUAACCAUAUCAUCGUCGUGAAGCGGCUUACAAACGGAGGUAAGAGGGUGAUUAUCUUUUCACAAACGUGGAUAUGAAUGAGAUUUAACACAUCACUUUACAAGGAAGGUGAAAGGAACAAUUUGGACAAAGCUUUUUGACUUCUGAAAACAUGAUUUUUGUCUAGUGCGCUCCUUAAUGGCUAUCAUUUGAAUGGUCACAGCAAAGAAUUUCAAGACUGCAAACUAAAAAGAUAGAGCCACGUUAUACAGCAAAAUAAGAAGCACUACAGGAAAGUGCUCCUUACAAGUUUUCAUUUUGAUGGUAGUACUUUAGGAUUUCACCUACAGACUCAAAUUUUUGAACCACCUUUAGAGCAGAAGAGUACUGCUCAAUAGCUUUUAUUUGAAUGAGAAAACCACUUUUUACAACAAUGCAAUGCACUGCUCAUUAGCUCAGUUUUAAACGACUUCACUUAGCGCGUUAUCUGCUAACUCAAAAAUUGGAACACCUUUAACACCAUAGCGAAUUCAUGAAACUGAUAUCAACGCAACUUGACAAUACAAUUUAAAAGCUCUUGAACUGCAAUUAUUUGCAGAAAGGUACACAAUCAAAUUCAAAAGACAAGAGUUACACUAGUCACAACAUUGACUGAGGUAAAUUACUCACAAUUUAACCAUCAACUGAAUAAAUUGUUUGUGUUUUCUACAGAAGUCAAGGUUGAAGGAGGAAGAUUAGUGGCCGUUGAAAACAAGAAAGGACGCUAGCAAAGGUAAGUUUGUAGAUUUUAGUAUCUGAUAGAGUGUUGAAAGCAAAUAGGUAAAAGGCGAAACAAUAGUUAACCCCUGUCAGCCAAAAUACCUGUAAUGCGACGACUGAUUCUAGAGUUCGAUAGUUCCAUCUGAACAGUUCACAGCUUAAUUGCUUUGUGGUUUAGUGGAUAUGAGAUACCACAACCGGCGAAUACAAACAAUAAAGGGUCAAAUAAUGAGUUCAGAAGCGAAAUAGCGAGAAACAGCCGGUGAGAAUUUUGUUCAAACGGAUUUCAUUGGACACCUCAGACAAAAAACGACUUGCAAAAUUGAAUUUACAGGAGUGAUUUGGAAAGAAAUAGUGACAAAAUAUAUUUGCAAAAAGAAAAAGAGAAACCCAUGAAGCAUAUAGAAUAAAACCUGACUUGACACAAGGUCAAUAACAUUCUGACAAACAGGAGCUCAAGUUUUCACUCCUAGACCAAGUUUUGGCGAGAUGAAUUGUCGCUCUAACUUUUAAAUCUGAGGAUAAAUUCUUUGGUGUAAUCAGUAAGCCAUUCAAUGAUGAAAUCUCAUUGGAGGAACUUUUGAAUAGUACUAUUUAUUUUAUAGGACAUUGCAGAAUGAUUUCUAGAUUUUUUGGUGAAUUUUUGUGCAUUGGCCCCUAUUAAGAGUGAAAGGGUUCAAAUGAGAAUGGAGACCUUAAUGUUCAAGGACGAGAACGAGGCUUGAUUAAAGUUUUUUCGCGUAUUGUCAAAAAAUAGACACCCCGGAAUUCUUCAUUGUACUUUUUUUCACCAGAAAAGUUAGCACUGUUAUCGUUAUUGAACGAGGUUGAGCCCUCUCCAGAUUGCAAAAUGCUAAAACUUCUAACAUUUGAUAACUUGUUCCCGCCACUACGACCCUCUGGCCAAAGACGACGGCUACCAUGUUUUCCCGCCAAAAUGACGCUGCCUCACGCGCAAGCACUACUUACUGUUGAGAAAAUCUCGUACUCGUAGUGGUUCUCGUCUUAGAAUCUAAAGGUCUCUAAUAUGAAUUUCCUUUUACUCUACGUAAGAGUUACAAAGGCAAACUAGCCAAUGCACAAAUGGGGUUAAACCUUUUAAGCCUCAGGGAUGAUCAAAAUCAAAUUUCUCCUUUUAAUAUGGAUGAUCUAUAAAACAGAGUGGUGAUGAGAAUUAAGGACACGAACACACAAGAUGAAUUAUGUUGACACUUCAACACCUUCUCCCCACUUUUGGUAUAGGAAGUGUAUAAGGGCAACAAAUAAGAAUUUAUAUUUUGACAUGAAUGGUUCAAGCGUAUUUUUUUUUCAAAUAACUCAAACAUUAAAAUAUUGGCUAGACGCUCUCCAUUUUAUUAUCCUACUCGUCAUCAGCCAUACACACAAAAGAGCGUUUGCACAUGACGUCACGGCAGCCAUGUUGGUGUCCCAAAACAGUUCUGUGGGAGUUGAUCUCUUUUCUUAGGCAAACGCUUUCUUUUGUUCCAAUCAAUUUGCAUAGAUGCUGGUCACGUGAGUGAAAAUGCUCUGUUAAAAACAGUUUGCUUUUUUGAGUCUUAACGAUACCUCAAACGUUUUAUGUUGCGUGAUGAAUCUUUGCUGUAAAACAUGUAACUGGAAGAUCAAAAUUCAGGGGCACCCAACGACAAUUUUCGGAAAAUAUCUGUUCGAAAGACGAUUUGAGAUCUAGAAUUUUCGGAACAUUUUUUCCAAAAUUUCUUGCUUGUCUGCCUCUCCUGGGAUUUUCGAACAUCUAAAAAAUGGUAUAAUUGCUCAUUUUUAACGGAUUUUUGCCCUAAAAAGGUCACCUAGAAUUUUCGGGAGCCUUUUUUCUUGCUGAAAUUUUCGGAAAAGUAAGUUUUGAUCCCUAUAAUUUUCGAAUCACUAGACUUUCAGCUAGGAAAUCCGAACAGAUGAAAAAUUUUUAGGGGAUAAANACACGAACACACAAGAUGAAUUAUGUUGACACUUCAACACCUUCUCCCCACUUUUGGUAUAGGAAGUGUAUAAGGGCAACAAAUAAGAAUUUAUAUUUUGACAUGAAUGGUUCAAGCGUAUUUUUUUUUCAAAUAACUCAAACAUUAAAAUAUUGGCUAGACGCUCUCCAUUUUAUUAUCCUACUCGUCAUCAGCCAUACACACAAAAGAGCGUUUGCACAUGACGUCACGGCAGCCAUGUUGGUGUCCCAAAACAGUUCUGUGGGAGUUGAUCUCUUUUCUUAGGCAAACGCUUUCUUUUGUUCCAAUCAAUUUGCAUAGAUGCUGGUCACGUGAGUGAAAAUGCUCUGUUAAAAACAGUUUGCUUUUUUGAGUCUUAACGAUACCUCAAACGUUUUAUGUUGCGUGAUGAAUCUUUGCUGUAAAACAUGUAACUGGAAGAUCAAAAUUCAGGGGCACCCAACGACAAUUUUCGGAAAAUAUCUGUUCGAAAGACGAUUUGAGAUCUAGAAUUUUCGGAACAUUUUUUCCAAAAUUUCUUGCUUGUCUGCCUCUCCUGGGAUUUUCGAACAUCUAAAAAAUGGUAUAAUUGCUCAUUUUUAACGGAUUUUUGCCCUAAAAAGGUCACCUAGAAUUUUCGGGAGCCUUUUUUCUUGCUGAAAUUUUCGGAAAAGUAAGUUUUGAUCCCUAUAAUUUUCGAAUCACUAGACUUUCAGCUAGGAAAUCCGAACAGAUGAAAAAUUUUUAGGGGAUAAAAAUAUGCAUAUAUGUACCGUUUUAAUACUAAAAUACGUUUAACAAUGCUAUGUUUAAGUGAUUUUGAACUAUAUUCUCGUUGGGUGCCCCUGAAAAUUUACACGUGUAGAACAGUUUCGCUGGUUAUAAAAAGUGGAAAUUUUUGGUUGGGGAUGUUGUCCUUCAAAGAGAUUUCAGAAAGUUUGAAACCUGAUAAACAGAGUACCUUGUGAGUAGUUUUAACUUUUGAGUAUGUGGAUGAAAUCCUACGGUGUCACAAUUCAAAUGAAACUUUUUCAGCAGUAUUUUCAUACGGUACCAUCUGUUUUGUAUGUAGUUCUAACGACUUUAACAGGGAAGCAUCUGUUUCGUUUGUAGUUCGAAUUUUGAAUCUGUUGAUGAAACCCUAUAUAUAGUGCUACCAUUCAAACAAACCAUUUCAGCAGUACUUUCACAUGGUAUCAUUUUAAAAUUUAGUAUGUAGUUCUAAUUUGGAGUCUGUGGAAGAAACCUUAUAGUGUGACCACUCAAAUGCAACCUCUUCAAUAAUACUUCGUAUGGUGCCAAUUGCUUUUCAGUACUUUAACUAUUUCAGUUGAUUACCGAUUUUUGUUAUCUGUAUAAGCAGUGUUUGAAUUACGUGAAUUUUUAUACAGUGGGAACACUGGUGUUUUUCACAAUGUAGUUAAACAACAAUAAGACCCUCAAUGUUGAUAAUUAUAAUUUUAGGACACAUCGAGGGAAUUUGCCUAGAACGUGGAUGGCUAUAAUCAUAUUUUUGGUUUACAUGUAAGCAGGUAAAAUUUAAGCACUAGAAAAAUACAAACCAAACAGUCGAGUCAUAAAUUCUCAAAAAACAGGUACACAAAUCUGAUAUUUCCAAAUAAUUGAUCAAUCCUGACUCUGGUAGAGUGGAAGGAAGUGGACUGAGAAAAUCUGUAGUUUAGCAUCAGGAAAUGUGAUUUUUUUAGAGUGUAUGUUCAAAAGAAAUUUAACAUCUCAAGCUAACUAAUUUAGCUGAUAGGUUUACUGGAGAUCCCAAGAGGUUUCUGGGGAUGGGAGAGUGGAUAAUGUGGUACCAAAGAAAAGAUCACAAAGUGUUUUGCUAUCUUAAAUAUAAUAAAACCAAUAGACCAUCAUAGUAAAUUUUAAGUUUCCACAAAAAGUACUACAGUCAAAUGCUGCUUUAUGGACAACCGCUCAGUGUCUGUAUUAACAAGAUUUGACUGUAGUCAUAUAUAGAUGCAGUUAUAGGAGUGUGUCCACAGGAGCAAGGGCUGAUGGCUGGGGAGAAAGGCAGGGUGAUGGGUAGUGACAAAUAGUGAUUUUGUGACUGCAUGGAAAGAACCCUACACCCAGAAACUAUUUCAGAAAAUUGCAGGUGAGAUGGCUAGUGUACAGUGGAUGAGUGGUUCAGCUGCUACAAAAAAAAUUAUUCAGCACAAGACUAAAAUGUUAAACUGUCUCUGGACUCAUUCCAUAGCAUACAAUUUUGGAGUUAAUAGCAUAAAUAGCAAAAAGCAUAUUUCUAAUGGAUAGACGAUUUUUGAGAGAAACCAAACAGGGAGAGGGUAGAGGCUACUGUCAUACACAGACCAUAUAUAGGCUAAAUGUAUGCACUGCUUGACCACAGCAGGGUUAGCUCAGUCGGUAGAGCACUUGAUUGUAGAGUAGAAGGCAUGGGUUCGAUCCCCGGUGCUAGAGCAAUACUCAGGGACUUAAACCCUUUAAGCCCCAAGAUCCAAAUACAAAUUCUCCAGACUGAUCUCCAUACAUUUGUUUUAAGAAUAGUUGAGAGAAUUUGGUUUAAGAUCAAAAUAUUCUCCCUUUGGUAAUCAAUUUAGUAAUUCUCAUAACCUUUCCCCUUGAUGAUCUACUGAUGUUGUUAGGAGAAAAUUGAUAUUGGUCACUCUUGGGACUUAAAGGGUUAAACUGCUGAGAAACGAAGGCACUGCCUUUGCCCUAAAAACCUACUCUCAGUCACCAGGCUCAUAUUUGAGUAGAGAUAAAUUAUUGUCAAUAAGUUAAAGACUGCUUAACCAGUGGGAAUCACCAUGCAGUAAACACAACAUUUCACUAACAGAGAAGCAGUAAAAUGUUANCCACAGCAGGGUUAGCUCAGUCGGUAGAGCACUUGAUUGUAGAGUAGAAGGCAUGGGUUCGAUCCCCGGUGCUAGAGCAAUACUCAGGGACUUAAACCCUUUAAGCCCCAAGAUCCAAAUACAAAUUCUCCAGACUGAUCUCCAUACAUUUGUUUUAAGAAUAGUUGAGAGAAUUUGGUUUAAGAUCAAAAUAUUCUCCCUUUGGUAAUCAAUUUAGUAAUUCUCAUAACCUUUCCCCUUGAUGAUCUACUGAUGUUGUUAGGAGAAAAUUGAUAUUGGUCACUCUUGGGACUUAAAGGGUUAAACUGCUGAGAAACGAAGGCACUGCCUUUGCCCUAAAAACCUACUCUCAGUCACCAGGCUCAUAUUUGAGUAGAGAUAAAUUAUUGUCAAUAAGUUAAAGACUGCUUAACCAGUGGGAAUCACCAUGCAGUAAACACAACAUUUCACUAACAGAGAAGCAGUAAAAUGUUAGCUAGCUAGAGGAGCUACUAGGACAAAAUAAUGAUGCCAUCAAAUAAUGCAGAAUAAAGAGAAGGCCAGAAGGCGGCAAGUGACUGAAUGCCACUUGUACAAUGCUUCCCAUAUUUUUUUUCAAAGAUGAUUUGUUAUCAGAACCUCUUUCAAAAACCAAUGUUAUCCAUUUGUAGCUAUGGUUAUCAAACUUGACAUCACAAGAAGUAGACAUUAAACCCAUUCACCAAUGCCCAUUUACCAGACAUUGUAUUAAUAACCAAAUUAAAGAAAGGCAGGGAGAUUUAAUUCUAAGAAUAAUGGUAUGCACGAAAACACCUCCAAUAACAUUUAGUCCAAGGCAAAGUCUAGGGAGCCACUUUUUUUAAGAAAAUGAGAGUAGACUGACCUGCCAUACCCAGAAAUUACAUUAACCCUUCAAGUCCCACUAGUGACCAACAUCAAUUUUCUCUUAACGAUAUCAAUAGACAAUCAAGGGGAAGGGUUAUGAGAAUUAAUAAGAUAAUCACCAAAGAGAGAAAAGCUUUGAUCUUUUAUCAAAUUCUCUCAACUCAUUCUUUAAGGAAUAUAUAGAGAUCAGUUUGGAGAAUUUGUAUGUGGAUUUUGGGGCUUAAAGGGUUAAACGACAAAGGAAGAUGAGAAAAGAAAAAGAUGUCAGCUGACAAAAUAUCACAUUUCUAUAGCCAAGCAUUUGAUCCCCAUCCUAAAUUCUCAGAUCUAGUAUUAACAAAUAUCUGUCUCCCUUGGUAACAAAUCAGUUGGGAAAUACACCUGACAAAUUAUCCCAGUCACCUCAUGCUACAGAAACUCAAGUCAUGCACCACAUCUAGGGAUCGAACGAUUCAAAUCUAACAUCAACAAAGUUCCACUUUUAAGUCAUAAACAAAAUUCAUACAGUAAUAACUCUAUUGGGUCUUUAUUGGCAAACUAGUGUGUGACGACUUUUUAAUAUUAUUAUUUUAUCUCCAAAUAAGCAGCAAUAAGCACUGUGACACUUAUUUAAGUAGGCACAAGUUGAGCACAAGCUAGUGGAAAGAAACAGUAUUUUUUCUUGUGCUAAUGUUUUUUUUUCUUGACUCUUUAAUUUCUGAUUCAGUUGGAGAGGGGUGCUGCAAAGUUGAAAGCAUUCAUCUCCCGCAAAUGCAGCCUGGGUUGUGGGUUGAGUUUGAGUUUGUUCCCCUCUUUGCAGAGAGAGGUUUUUCUUUGGGUCUUCCUGGUGUAUUUUUCCUCUCUUAAACAAGAAAAACCAGUGGCGGAUUCAGGGGAGGGGGGUCUAAGCCCCCCUUAAUUUUAGACCAAACUGAGGCCCAAAGGGCCGAAAAUUUUUUGUUGGAGACUGCCCCCCCUGUUAUCUAAGGGUCUGGAUGAACCCCCCCCCCCUUAUCGCAAGGUCUGGAUCCAGUACUGAAAACACACCUCCAAAUUCCAAUUUCAGCAGGAGCACACUAUCAUUUUUAAUUAAGUUCUUGAGAACUCCUAAGUACUUCAUGGGUAAACAAGUUUAAGUUUUUUUUUCCCAUUUUUCAGCAGAACAUAUUGUAGAUAAGUUUUUUUUUUCCCAUUUUUCAGCAGAACAUAUUGUAGAGUAGUGUCCUAAAUAUUAAACCAGGGGAUAAAAUCUUAUGUAUGGUGUUACCAUUUUAAUGGAACAUGGUGUUUUUUGUUUGUUAGUAUUUUCUAUAAUGACAUUUGUGAUUGGUCUUGAAUUUUGCUCAAUGUUGCCCUUGACAGUGAAAGGGCUAAAACUGCUUAUUGCAUCGGCAAGAUCUAGACCAGUCACUAGCUGCUAAGAGGCCGGAGAUGGGCAUCAGCUGGUGCAAAUAAGUAAUUAGGCUUCACUAACCAGUUUCAAUAUUACACUAUAAACAAAGAUCUAUCUGUCUUGAUUCAAUGUUAUGUUCAUUACUGGCAGAUGAUAUUCUCUUGGGCCCAAAAAUGUUUUGGUCACUUUAUUAAAUCUUUUUGUAAAACAGCUACAAAUGAAAAUGAUUCAUUUGUCUCAUCGUCAUUUUCAACUGAACAUGGAGACAUAGACCAGGUUGAAAUAGACUCGUGAUUGUGUUUUGUUUUGUUUUGUUUUGUUUCACUUAGGAAAUUCUUUAUGCAAAAAAUUUGGCCAAAUCAAAACAGGCUCCAAAGAGGUAUUACAGGAUACAAAAAAGAGAGCAAAACAUGAUUGAAGCCCAGUAGAUCAUCACCAAGAAAAAUAGAUUAUAAAUACCUGACCCACUUAACAUCUGGGCCGAGUUGUUCAAAGCUGGGUUAACAUAACCCAGGGUUAGUGCGAGAUUUGAAUUAAGAUUUAAGCAAUUCAGUUUUAAUUCUUUUUGUCCACAAUUUUAUGAUUGGAAGCUCUAAAAACAAGAGAGAAAAUUAUCUCAGAAAAUGCUUUUGAACACAAGAAAAAGAAACCAGGGUUAAAUUUAACCCCGUGUUAAGUGCUAAUCGGCCUUCGAACAACUGGGCCUUGACUUGAAAAAACUACUCCUGCUGUCCUGCAGUCGUCCAAUUUGCAAAAUAAAUUCUGACAUGGACCUCUGGAGUGCGGGACUGCCGGAGCGCUAGUUGUAUACCCAAUUAAUAAUCGUAAUUCAGAAACUGCAGGAGUGUGGAACUGCAGAAGCACUCGUUUUAUUCACUAAGAUUUAAGUAUUUGGACUACCAGAGCAUGACUGCAAGACUGUGGGCCUGCAGGACUGCAGUACCACUGGAGCAGUUUUUCAAGUAACACAUUUAGUGGGCUAGGUAUUCUCAGUCACUCCUUAUCGUGAAAAAUUCUGACACAUAAGAGACUUCUACAUAUAAUCUAACUACUUACAACUUAUGACCUUAGCAACACAACAACAGUGUACAGUUGCAUUUACUUUUAAGUUCUUUAGUAAAAUUAAUCGGUGAAUAAAACUUACCUAGUUUUUUCCUUGGUUUUGCAGAGCACUUCUGUUGGAGAACAGCAGGGCAGUGGAGGUGGACGUGAUGUAUUUUUGGAUAAGGAUGUAAUAAGAAGAAGCCUGUGGAACAGUUCACAAGAAAGUUACUGUAGAACGUUGCAUUUUAAAACAUGAAGUUCACUCUUAAAUUUACUUUGUUUCUAAGAUUUCUGGUCGUAAAAAAAUGGGAAAUAAUCAUUGAUGUUAAACAUAGACUUCCCAAGAAAUAACUCUGUUGAUUGUGUGUAUUCGGACAGGAUGAUCUCAGUGUGUUAAAACAAGUUCGUGAAGCGCUUGUUCGUUCCUUUCUUUCAUGCGCUUUCUUCGCGCACGCCCGUGACAAAUUGGUGCCAGAAUUAAAAGCAUACUUUUAGUUGUCUAAGCAANUUUCUUUCAUGCGCUUUCUUCGCGCACGCCCGUGACAAAUUGGUGCCAGAAUUAAAAGCAUACUUUUAGUUGUCUAAGCAAAUUUAGCCCGUUUUGAAAGUAUCUGUAGGCAGAUGAAGGUUUCCGUUAGCAAUGAAAGUGAAAGAACUUCCAAGUUACCUACCAUUAAGUGUGAUUUUAUGUCGUAAAACGUUGCGAAAGUGACGCGCAGAAGGUCAUUGUUCGUGUUCAAAAUCUUACAGGCGUGCUUGACGUAGUUCCCAGACUCCCUCGGAACCGAUUCCAUGUCAGGACCUCCCAGGACUCUACGGUAGGGGGUGGGAGUGGAUAU